UGUGACAGUGACGAUACCCAACACAUUAACACUGUCACGAGUAGGAACCGAGUUCCACUAGCCGGCAAAUUUAAGAUGCGGUUCACCACGUGCUUAGCGAUUUGUACAGUGGUGGCUCUGGCGUCAGCUGCCACGGAAGCGGCCAACAUCUUGGCUGUCACGUCGUUUCCCGGUCCCAGCCACUUCGUCAUGUUCCGCCGUCUCUUCAAAGAGCUGGUGUCCAGGGGCCACAACCUCACAGUCGUCAGCCAUUUCCCCCUGAAAUCACCGCUGGAGAACUACACCGACAUAAGCCUCGAAGGCAACUUCGGAGACCCGCGGGAUAAUUUGACCAUGGACUCGAUCAACGUAAUACGGACUCCAUUCUUCGGGCCCUUCUUAAUGAAGUACAUCCUCAGGAACGUGUGCGCGGAAGUGUACGACCUGCCGCAGGUGAAGCGUCUCGCCACCUCCGGGUCACGGUUCGACUUGGUUAUCUCGGAGGACUUCCACUACGACUGCAUGGCGGCAUUGGGGCACAAGUUCCGAGCGCCCCUGGUCGCCAUCAGCUCCAGCAUGGCCCUGAACGGCGCGCACGACAGGGUCGGUAACCCAGAGCACCCCGCCUACACUGAACAGUACACGGUGCCGCUGACGGCGCCGUUCACGUUCUGCGGCCGGGUGUACAGCACGGUCACGCACGUGUACCUGAGAGCCGUCGACUGGCUGCUGUCGGGCGGGUACGUGGACAGCAAGCUGCGCGAGGUGCUGGGCGCGGACACGCCCCCGCUGGCGCAGGUGCUCCGCAACACCAGCCUGGUGCUGGUCAACAGCCACUGGAGCGUCGACCAGCCCGCUCCCAACGUGCCGGCCUUCGUCGAGGUCGGCGGGCUGCACGUGGAGGAGCCCCGACCCCUGCCGCAGGAUCUGCAGAGUUUCAUGGACAACAGUCCUGCUGGAGUGAUCUACUUCAGUUUUGGGUCCAUGGUGAAGACUGACGCCAUGCCAGAGGAGAAGCUCGAGGCAAUUAUCGACACUUUUGCGUCAGUGCCGCAGAACGUACUGUGGAAAGUCGAUCCGUCCUCUGUGCCACAGCUGCCGCCCAAUGUGCGUGCUCAGAAGUGGAUGCCUCAGAACGAUGUCCUCCAUCACCCAAACGUGCGGCUGUUCAUAAUGCACGGCGGGCUCAUGGGGACGCAGGAGGGGAUAAUGGCCGGCGUGCCGCUGCUCGUCGUUCCGCUGUUCGCCGACCAGCAGCUGAACGCGGAGAGGGUGGCGGCAGCGGGCAACGGCAUCCGACUGCACUACGACGACCUCACGUUCGAGUCGCUGCGGAGCGCCGUCCACGUCCUGAUCAACGACACGAGGUACAGGGAGCGGGCUCGGCAGCUGUCCGUGUUGUUCAGGGACAGGCCCCGGCCACCGCUCGAGGAGGCGGUCUACUGGGUGGAGUACGUCAUCAGACACGGGGGGGCGCCGCACCUGAGGUCCGCCGCUCUCGACCUCGCCUGGUACCAGUACCUGCUCCUAGAUGUCGCCGCCUUCGUCGCAGCUGUGGCGUCUCUGGCGCUCCUGGCGCUGUACUUCGUCGUGCGGCAAGUGUUCGCGCACGUGAUGCGAUUCCAGAAGAGCGAUCUCAAAGCGAAGAAAGAGUGAAUACGUUUGCUCAGGUGUCACAGGCAUUACUAUUUAUAGGGUUGUGACAGCCGAAAAAUUAUAGACAAGUUUUAAAUGUUGUAGGAGAGUUCUUGUAGAAUGUAAAUACUGUAGGAUCAACGGAGACCACUCAAAAAAGCAGAAGCGCUGAGUUGUCGAUAGACACACACAAAAGCAGAAAACUUGCUAGUUUUCGGAGGUAUCCUUUCGUGAGUUAGAGCGCACCAACACACACACCCUUUCACACAUACUCAUAAACAUGCCUAUGCUCCUACAUGGUCAGUUUAACAGGCACCAUGUAGAGACAUAGAUGUGUGUGUGUUUGUAUGUGUGUGUGUGUGUGUGUGUGUGUGUGUGUGUGUGUACUCUAGC